UUUCUGCUCCGAACAGAUCAUCUCUCAACUUGUCGGAGGACGGAUCUAUAUACAUCGCCCAUCUUGAGCGUGUGUUUUGCCGACUUUGUCCCGGUUGCCGGCGCGGACCGAAGCGCUGACCAUGUACUUGGAAGUGGUUCUCUUGACUGCUUGCUUCUGCGGUGCAGUGAGCGCCUUCAAUUCCAACGCUAUCAAGACGGGCAGCGGGGCGGUUCACCCGGCCAGUGUCACUCCUCAGAUCUCCGUCCACCACGGAGUCAAGAACCAUGCCAUCGAACAAUUCCAGUUCCCGGUUUGCCUGGAUGACCAGGACUGCUCCGUCGACCAGUUUUGCUCCGGCUCUCGGACCGGCGCGCAGCAAUGCCUGAACUGCCGCCGACGCCGUAAACGCUGCGCCCGAAACGCAAUGUGCUGCCCGGGUACUCGCUGCAGCAACGGUAUGUGCAUUCCCGACGAUGGGGAGCAUAUCCAGGGCGAAAUCGAGGAGACCAUACUGGAGACCUGGGAUGCUACUGUGGAUGCACAUCCGCGGAAGACGAUGCUCUCUACCAGGCCUCACCAGGUGAAAGGUCAAGAAGGCGACGUGUGCCUUCGAUCGUCCGACUGCGCGCAGGGCUUGUGUUGCGCUCGACACUUCUGGUCCAAGAUCUGUAAACCGGUGCUGAGGGAAGGCCAGGUGUGCACCAAACACAAACGGAAAGGGUCGCACGGCCUGGAGAUAUUUCAGAGGUGCGACUGCGCCCAGGGGUUCUCGUGUCGGAUGCAGAAGGGAGGAGGUCCCGGCCAAGGCAAGAGCUCCAGGCUGCACACCUGCCAGUGACCCUGUACCCCCCCCCCCCCCCACUCCCGGCCCUCCUCCGAAGAGGAAAGGACCUCUAGUGGAGUCAAGACUUCGGUUCGCGACCAGCCGCCAGCCGCACUCCCUCUUGCAGGCUUUAGAGUGGAAGUAUUCCGGCAUCUUUCAGAACUCGAAGUGCAUUAUUUGUUGUUCCUUUUCAGGAACUAUGUAGACUGUAACGCUUGCAGUAAAUUACUGUGUUGUAAAAGAUUCAGUCUGGCACUUACGCUGUAAAUACUUGACUAACCAGUGUUGUCAAAAAAUGUUACAAGGCCAUUCUUCCAGUUCAGUCAGUGUUGUAAAUUCUUCUAUAUUAUUGCUAACGAGUGUAUGUGACAUAAAUUCUUUAUAUUUUAAUUGAAAUAAAGAUGUAACAACAGUGA